AUAUGUGUUCGGAAAACACGUGAGUUCAGUCCCAUUGUGGACUGCAAGCUCUCUCUUUCUGCAUUUCAAAGAAUUUUACUGCACAUAAGAAACUCACGUGCGAUGGACCCGUCUCUUUAACGAAAACAACCAAGAAGGGAUUGGAAACCAAACAGAACUUAAUAGAGGAGUUUCGAAAAUGUGUGGACACGUACAGAAAUUUAUUCGUUUUCUCUGUUGCCAAUAUGAGGAACAACAAAUUAAAAGACAUUCGAACAGCAUGGAAACACAGCAGAUUUUUCUUUGGAAAAAAUAAAGUCAUGAUGGUUGCACUGGGGAAAGGACCAACAGAUGAAUACAAAGAUAAUUUACACAAGGUCAACAAGUUCCUGAAGGGAGAAGUAGGGGUAUUGUUUACAAAUAAGACCAAGGAAGAAGUUCAGGAAUAUUUUGCUCAUUUCAAGGAAUUGGAUUUUGCACGGGCAGGAAACAAGGCGACCAUGUCAGUGAGUCUGGAUGAAGGACCCUUAGAGCAGUUUCCUCACUCCAUGGAACCGCAGCUGAGGCAGCUGGGAUUGCCCACUGCACUGAAAAAAGGAGUGGUCACACUACUCAAAGACUACGAUGUUUGUAAAGAUGGAGACAUCUUGACCCCAGAGCAGGCCCGCAUUCUUAAACUUCUUGGCAUCGAGAUGGCUGAAUUCAGGGUAUCGAUUAAGUGCAUGUGGAACUCAGAAACAGGGGAGCUGGAGCAGACGGAGGAGGGCGAAGAGGAGGAGGUGACCAUGGAGGCUUCAGGAGAAGACGACAGAGAAAACGAUGAAUAAACAGAGGACUUUCAAGAUCUA